GCCGAAGAAACUCUUUUAACUGAAAAAAAGAAAGCAUUAGCCGAGUUAUUAAAAAAACAACAAGAUGCUAAUACUAAUCCUGCUAAACCAACUGAUAAAACUGCUCUUUAUAUUGGUUUAGGAAUAGGAGGAAUAAUCUUAAUCUUUGUUCUCAAUCCCACUAAAUUAACUUAUUUAGAUAUCGCUGAUAAUAAUCUUCCUGAACAAGACUUAGCAGUUUUUAAAAAAAUUCAAGCAAAAAUCGACCAAGGUAUUUAUAAUCGUUUUACGGGUAGUUUGGAACCUUUAAAAAAUCUAACUAAAUUACGGGAACUAGACAUUAGAAACACUGAUAUAAAUAGUGGUUAUGAAUAUUUACCGGUCAACGUCAAAAAUAUUUAUUUUUCUAGUGAAGAAAGACCCGAAAAUUGUGGUUUGCAACCUCAGGAUUAUGGUUUUGCUGCUUAUCUGACUAAACAAGGUUAUACCCCCGAAGCAGAAAUUAAUUUAGCAGAAUUAAAAAAAGAAUACUAUGAUAAAAGCCAAAAGAGCCGAGCAUGA